UGCUGGUGUGAAUUGCUAAUGACUAGCUACCUACGUAGCAUCUAGCUAGCUAACAGUAACUGUCCAUUUUAGAGGGUUGUGACGGCUUCGAUUAUUAGAUUUUUCUUCUCAUUUAGGACUUACCACUCAGUUAAAGAUGUUUGAAGAGGCUAGUGAGGUGUUUGACAAUAUGUUCAAGUCAUCGUUUCCCUUGACUUUCAUUGUAUUUAUCCCAGCGGUUCUGAUUUUAGUGUCACCACUUCCAGCCGAAGCGGCACAUGAAUUCACCGUGUACCGCAUGCAACAAUAUGACCUGCAGGGACAACCGUACGGUACAAGGAACGCUAUCCUCAACACAGAGGCUCGUAGCGUGGAAGCGGAGGUGCUAAGUCGUCGCUGUGUAAUCAUGCGGCUUGUGGACUUUUCCUACGAGAAGUACCAGAAGGCCUUGCGGCAGUCGGCAGGUGCUGUGGUCAUCAUCCUGCCCAAGAACAUGUCCACGAUGCCGCAGGAUAUAGUCCAGCAGUUCAUGGAGCUGGAGCCAGAGAUGCUAGCCACGGAGACUAUUGUCCCUGUGUACUUUGCUCUGGAGGACGAGGAGCUGCUGUCCAUCUACACCCAGACGCUCACCUCCUCCUCAUCCCAGGACUCAUCCUCCGCUGCUGAAGUGCUGCUUCACACAGCCACGGCCAACGGCUUCCAGAUGGUGACCAGUGGAGCCCAGAGCAAAGCUGUCAGUGACUGGGCCAUCACCAGCCUGGAGGGACGUCUAGCGGGAGUGGGAGGAGAGGACCUGCCCACCAUCGUGCUGGUUGCCCACUAUGACUCCUUCGGCGUGGCCCCGUGGCUGUCGUACGGAGCUGACUCUAACGGCAGUGGUGUGUCCAUGCUGCUGGAACUGGCUCGUCUCUUCUCCAGACUGUACACGUACAAGAGGACGCAUGCUGGGUACAACCUGCUGUUCUUUGUGUCAGGGGGAGGAAAGUUUAACUACCAGGGCACCAAGCGCUGGCUGGAGGACAACCUGGAUCACACAGACUCCAGUCUGCUGCAGGACAACGUUGCGUUCGUCUUGUGUCUUGACACCCUGGGUGAUGAAGACCACCUGCACCUGCACGUGUCCAAGCCCCCCAAAGAGGGCACGCCCCAACACACCCUGCUGAAGGAGCUGGAGACGGUGGCAUCCAGCCAGUACCCUGAGGUCAAGUUCUCCAUGGUUCACAAGAAGAUCAACCUGGCGGACGACACGCUGGCCUGGGAACACGAGCGCUUCGGUAUCCGCCGCCUGCCGGCCUUCACGCUGUCCCACCUGUCGAGUCACCGCGAGGCGCGACGCUCCAGCAUCAUGGACGUGCGGUCAGUGUCCCCCUCCUCUCGCCAUGGAGCAGGAGAGCCUCCUGCUGGGCCUCAUGUGGACGUGCAGAAGCUGGGCAGGAACACCAAGCUGAUAGCUGAAGCUCUGGCCCGCGUCAUCUACAACCUCACUGAGAAGGGGGCUCCAGGAGACCUGCAGAUCUUCACUGAGCAGAUGCAGGUACAGGAGGAUCAGCUGUCGUCAGUAGUUGAUUGGCUGACAGCCCAGCCCAGAGCAGCCCAGCUGGUGGACAAGGACAGCAGCGUGGUCAGCACCCUGGAGUACCACCUGGGGCGCCACCUGAAGGACGUACGACGCCACUACGUCAAAGCAGACAAGAGGGACCCUGAGUUUGUGUUCUAUGACCAACUCAAACAGACCAUGAACGCCUACAGAGUGAAGCCAGCCAUCUUCGACCUGCUGUUGGCGCUCUGCAUAGCAGCCUACCUGGGGGUCAUGUACCUGGCCAUACAGCACUUUGGGAUCCUCUACAGUGUGGUGCGUAGGAUCACCCAGCCCAAGACCAAGCAGCAUUAAGCCACUCCCACUUCCUCCAGGCUCCGCCCCUUCAAACAGCGUCAUCGAGCUCCAGCCAAUCACAGACAGGACUCUGAACAUGCAGAUCUCUCCAUCUCUCUGUCUAGAAAUUGCCUUUUCUUUCUUCCCUCUCUGAAAAUGAAACGAUGUCAAAACCUUUCUCUCUCUCUUUGUGCCAGUCAGUCUAGUGUCCUGUCGACUGAUCCAUCAGAGUUUCUCUAUGAUUCUUCACCUUUUCACCCAACAGCAUUACCACCAGACAUACUACAGACAUAGUAUUUGAAUUCCUUUUAAAUACUUUGACCCAUGCAUGAUUUAACAAAACCAGAGGCCAAACCCUCAUAAAUUGAAAGCCUCAGAUCAGCUGCUUCAGCCAGGGUCAAACUAAAUGAAUUACUUUUAAAAGAAAUGUCUAAUGCUAUUAUUUGGCCAUCACAUGUCAUUACUGGUGUCUUCUCGCCCUCUCUGUCUGAAUGGAUGCUCUGCUCAUUUGGCUUCCAUAUUUACAUGCCUUUUUAUAUGACCUUUGCCCGAGUCUAAUCUCAAAUUAAUCUAAGUUGUUUACUCAAAUGUAAUGUGAACUAGUGUGUAGAUGACUCCCGGCCUCGUCUAUUGACCUCAGUAGGAAGGUCAAGUGGUUAUGACACCGCAUCCAGAAACGGAUGAAUACAAAGAUAAAAAUUGUUUUAUUUGAUAAAUACGUCCUUUUCCACUGCUUCUUAGAUACGUUAGUUAGUUAUUGUGUGUGACUUGACACGUGACUUGAUGUGUGACUUGCUUCGACUUCUCCAGAUUUACUCCAGAUCAGCCGACCAGCUGUUCAUAGUCUUGGUCUUCUUUAACCUACAGACCAGUACGAGGUCUACAUUCCAACAUGUCCGCCUGCCCCCCCCCCAUCCUGUUUGGAUCAAAACAUGUCCUUGGCUACACUUUGUCUUGUUUGUGCCAUAUCCGCAUGUGGAACGGUGUUGAAACAACUCCCCCCCCCCCCCCCCCCCCGCCUCACUGCACCCCCGCUGUCGAGCAUGAACCUGCUGACACAGGCUGGGGGGAGGAGGGGGGAGGAGGGGGGAGAAGCGUACUGACUGAUACUGACCUUUUGGAGCAGCACUUAAGCUGACCUGGAGUAACCCUGGACUGGUCGUCAUGGAAGCCUGGGGUCCAAUCAAACCACAUGAUGGCCCAUUACCACAAAAAUACACACAAUUAAAUACAUUUCAUUGUAUCAGUUUAAUCUAUAUAUAUGUGCGUAUAUAUGAUCACAGAAGAGUUCUGCUUGUUCGGUGCAGGUGUAUCUUGUGAAGAUAAGGAAAUGUAAGUUCACUGAAAGACCGUCAUGAGCGUUUGAUUGAAUCCCAGUCAAGGGAAGGUUACACUGAGUGUGUUAGUGGUUAGUCUUAUCCAGUAACACAAACAUUAUUAUGUGGGCAUUAUAGACACCUGCUGUUGCCUUGUAUGAUGUUAAUGGACUUGGCAGAGUCUCCUGAUUGGUCCAGCGGCCCACCCAGCCCACACCCUGCUGGGGGGGGGGGGGACUGAGAAAACUCAGUUUUAAUUUAUUGCAGCUGAAGAUGCUGACUCAUGCACUGAUAUAUAACCCCUCUUCUUACUUCUGUCAUUGAGACCCUGCCAGUCCCUCAUGUUGUACUUGUUCCAGCUCUGGCUGUUGUGCCUGCUCCACAAACAUCUGAUUUCAUUCAACAUGACAUUGAACAUGAAUAAACAAAUACGUCUUAUUUGUUGAAA